UGUGUGUUAGAAAGACAGAGAGUGCAGGAGGGAUUUGGCAGGCAGACACUGCUUCGUAACAGAAAGGAAAAACUUCCGAUACAUUGGACAGACUCUCCAAUUUGCAGAGUCCCCAGUCAGCAGCUCCCAGCUUCUCUCAGCUUAUCCCUGAGGAUUAGUAUCUGUUUUGUGCUGACUCCCCCUGGGAUCACAGUCAGGGGCGAAUGAUUUCUUGACAAAGCUGUCACUUCGCCAUCAGAAUGGCCAUAAAACUUGUGUUAAAGUGACAUUUUAAAGCUUCUUUCUUUCAGCUAUUUGAUCUCACCCUUCCAAUAAUGCAGAUGUCUCCAGUUUGGCUCACUAGAUUCGUUGAAUGUUGAUUCUGAAAUCCCAGCCUGGCAAUGAAUUCCGUGCUGCCCGCUGUAGUGAUACUCCUUUUGGCCCAGGUGGUACAGACUCUUCCCAGCCUUUACCACAGGGGCUGGCUACGGCUGCUGCAAGAAGGAGAUGGCUGUGGAGUGUGCCAGCAAGGUCUAUGCCCCGAGCCCCAUGGGUGUGCUGCAGGGACAGUACUGGACGCAUGUGACUGUUGCCCGGAGUGUGGAAACGCCGAGGGGCAAAUCUGCGACCUCGAUAACACCAACCACUUCUAUGGACGGUGUGGACAGGACCUGGAUUGUCUUCUUGAUACUAGUGGUGCCUCAUUUGGAGAGAUCCUGGAACCCCAGUGCACCUGCCGAUCCCAGGAAAGUGUGUGUGGAUCUGACGGAAAGACCUACAGCAACAUCUGUAGCUUCAAGGAAGUGUCUUAUAGGAACAGAGAAAGCACUCUCAGCCUGGCACACAUGGGACCCUGUGAGACAGUUCCAUGGAUCACCACCCCUCCUCGUGAUGUGCACAAUAUUACAGGCAAUGAUAUUAUCUUUGGCUGUGAGGUGUUGGCAUAUCCCAUGGCACUGGUGGAAUGGAGAAAGAAAGGGAAUGAGAACUUCCUUCCUGGGGAUGAUGCACAUAUCUCUAUCCAGGCAAGAGGUGGGCCAGCACGAUACGGUAUCACAGGAUGGUUGCAGAUUCAGGGGCUGAAGAAGUCUGAUGAGGGGAUCUAUACCUGUUACACAAGGAACAAGUAUGGAGAAGCAUUCGCAUCAGCACAUUUAAGUGUGUAUGAUCCUGAUUCACCAAUAGCUAUGAAAAUGAGUUUGAAAAGACAAGACAGAAAUUAUAUUGGAGGUGAAGAGGAAGAUGAAAAUGAUGACUAUAACAUCUCGGGUGACGACGAGUACUAAAAAACAUGAAUUUUGAAAACAUACCUUGCAGAGUAGAGCAUAAUUAUCUAAUGAUUAAACGUUUGAUAACAAUAAAUGGCCUUUGAGUAAAAUAAAAAUUGAACCGUAUAUAGUUUAAACUGUCAUUCAAAAGUACCUUUAGGACAUUUUACUGUCCGCAAUUUUAUCUUCAGUGAUAUGCUGUAGUUUAUUUGCUGCAACUGUACACACUGUAUUUGUAAAAUUUCCUGAACAUUCUUCAUGUUCAUAUAAAUUGUCACAAUGCUGUAACCCUUUAGUUUAAAAUCUUUCAACUAGCUAUAACUGUUAUAAAUUAGACUGAGCAAAGACAAACUGCUUAAAAGUGCAAGGCCAACAUCCAAGGUGAAGGUGAGAAAAACAAAUGAACCACCUUUAGGGGGUCAUGAAAAAGAGACUUCCUUGAAUCCAGACAUCCAUCAAAACCUAUCAUAGUUUCAGAAAGGCUUUCAUAAAUGCAAAAUACUGGAAACUGAACUAGUGGCUGUUACAGUUUUCCUCACUUCACUACUGCUUCUUUUAUAUACUAUUUUAAAUCGAUAGCCUCUUGUUUUUGCUCGGUUUACUUUCUCUUACUCUAUUCUCCUAAACUAGCCAGCCUGCUCAUUAUUUUAAAAACCUCAAUCACAUCUCCUCUCAGUCUUCUCUCCAAGGCAAUCAGUUCCAGCUUCUUCAAUCUACCUUCAUAACUGAAGUUCCUGAUCCCUGGAAUGAUUCUUAUAAACCACUUCUGCACUCUCUCCAAUGUAUUCACACCCUUCCUAGAAAGUGGUGCUCAGAAUUGUACACAAUACUUCAGCUGAGGUCCAACAAAUAUCUUAUACAAGUUCAACAUCACCUCUUUGCUCUUGUACUUUAUGCUCCUAUUUAUAAAAGUCAAUAAUGCCAUAUUAGUUUACUUACUACUCUCUCUACUGGCUCUGCCACUUUCAAUGAUCUAUGCACAUAUAUAUUCAGCUUCCUCCUCUCCUGCACUCCCUUAGAAUUUGUCCUCCUCAUUUUAUAGUACCUUUCAAUGUUCUUCCUGCCAAAAUGCAUCACCUAACACUUCUCUGCAUUAAAAUUCAUUGGACACAUAUCUGUUGACGUUACCAACUUAUCUAUGUCCUUCUGGAGUUUUACAGUGUCCUUCUCACAGUUUUUCAUUUUUUGUGUCAUUUGCAAACUUUGAAAUUGCUCCCUGCACACCAAGAUGAAGAUCAUUAACACAAU